CUUGAUCAGAGAGGCUGCUGCUGCUACUGAGCUGCCUAGGACACACAGCUCUCAGCCGGGGGAAUUAUGCCCUGCCCAGCAGCGGCUGCUUUGCCUAUUUGAAGAGCCGAACCUAUGCAUACCAAGUGGUUAUAAGUCCGGGGCUAUCCCCGUGAUUAUUGGUUAUUAUGAGCAUGGAAGAUUAUGACUACCUGUUCAAAAUAGUUCUCAUAGGAAAUGCUGGAGUUGGAAAGACAUGUCUCGUCCGACGCUUUACUCAGGGGCUUUUCCCACCUGGACAAGGGGCUACUAUUGGAGUGGAUUUCAUGAUUAAAACUGUGGAAAUCAAUGGGGAGAAGGUCAAGUUGCAGAUAUGGGAUACAGCUGGACAGGAGAGAUUUCGCUCCAUUACUCAGAGUUACUACCGUAGUGCCAACGCCCUUAUUCUCACAUAUGACAUUACCUGUGAGGACUCCUUUCGGUGCCUUCCAGAGUGGCUGAAGGAGAUUGAGCAGUAUGCCAACAACCAAGUGGUGACUAUAUUAGUCGGUAAUAAAAUAGAUCUGGCAGACAAGAGAGAGGUUCUCAGGCAGAGGGCCGAAGACUUCGCUCAGGCUCAGAGCAUGCUCUAUCUGGAGACGUCGGCCAAAGAGUCCGACAACGUCGAGAAACUCUUCCUUGACCUGGCGUGCGAACUCAUUCGAGAAGCCAAGCAGAACAAGCUCGACAACAAUGACACUGCCCCAAUGCCCGGUGAGGGUAAAACCAUCAGUUAUUUGAACUGCUGCAGCCUCAAUUAAAGGGAGCUCAGCUGCCCGGCUGCGGUAACUUGGUAGCCAUUGACUGUAGAGCGUAGAUGGCUGAGCCCCAAUGCCUCCGUCCUGCUAAGAUGGCAUAAAGCCAACACUUAGUUUGGUCAUGUUUUUCCCAUGCCUUUUAUACGCAGUACAAAGGAGCUAGUUGAUUUUAGUUUUUAAAAGUGCUACUAUCAUUAAAGCCAGUAUCCUCACUGGAUCAGGAUGAACAGGUGCACAUCAAUCCAUGAAAAUAUCAUCAAGACGUUAAUUUAAAUCACUAAUUCAA